AUCUUUUCAAAAUCCAAAUGUGAAUGAAUAAUCUUGCCUUAUUCUGGAAAUAUCUCCUGUAUCACUCACUUAUAUUAUUUACAGUGAAGAAAUCCUGUCACCAAUAUCCAGCAGUUGUCGCAAUUGUAAUGAUAAGUACUCGGAUUACUGAAAACAAAAUCAGAUUUGGCUAUGAUAUGAAUAUCUUUCCUGAGGCAACAUCAAUUCCUUGUACAUAAUCUUGCAGAAAAUAAAUUCGUCUUAGAAGCCAACUGAACUAGAAUGAAUGUCAGUCAACAUAAUCAAGAAGUACUGACCCCGUUCGUUCUAAAUUUGUUCAUACUUAAUAAAAGUUCAGAAUGCAAAAAGAUGGAAUCACAGCCUGUCCUUGACAUUGUUAGAGCCUAUUGGACUAUGGUCCUGAUAUUAGGCCCAUUAAACACUAUACUGAAUGGAUUAUGUAUCUACAUCUUUAAUCAUACUGCAUGGAAGAAAUCAGUUAUGAGCAAAAUAUUGAAAGGUCUUUCAAUCAUUGAAUUUGGAAUGGGAUUUAGUUUAUUUAUCAAUGCGGUAACUUCAAUCAUAAACAUAAGUAAAGAGAAUGUAGUCAUGAAUAUGAUUUCAAAAAAUGAUGGACAAAACAAGUUACAGAAACAGUUUAAUGAUAAUUACAUAGAAGAACAUAAAGAUGACUACGUAACAGCAAUAUGCAUAUUUUUUAUUACAACAGUGUGCAGUCGAAUUUUAGCAGUAUUUCAAAUAUCACGAAACUGGUCAGUCGUUUUACUUGCAGCCUAUCGUUAUGAUCAAAUCUGUCGACCACUUGGCACACCAAGUUCAUUUCCACGUGAACGUAUGCGUUACAUAUUAUGGGCUAUAUUUACGCUAGCCUGUUUAGUUAUCAUACCAAGAAUAUUUGAAUCCAGUGUAGUUGUUUGCUAUACAUCAGGGAUUGUUUCAAGAGAAAUUCCUCUACUGCUCAGUUAUAAACUUUAUCAAAUCUUGUACUUAGGAAUAAUUAUGUUCAUUGUACAAUCUGGUGGACCAGUAAUCUGUGUUUGUGUUUUAAGCGCUUUUGUUAUAAGAGUUAUAGCGAAACGCAGAAAAUUUCAUCGAGAAAAAGAAAAAAGGUCAGCAAGAAAUUUAUUAAGACGUCAAACAAUUGAAACGGAGGCUAGUCAAGCAAAUCCCAAUGCUUCUGUACACAGUAAAACUAAUGAUAAUCAUCAUUCACAACAGCGUAAUUCUAAUGGUCUAACACUAGAGUUGAAUGAAAGACCAGCACCAUCUGGUGACAAAUUAAUGUUCGCUGUAUGCAUUACAUUCUUUGUAUUAGAAACACCGGCAUUUUUCAGUAAAAUACUAAAUCCAUAUUUGGAGAAAGACUAUCCAUUAGUUGAUAUGACAGUAUCGGUGAUUGCGAAUUUAUUGAUCUAUUUAGAUUCAACAUUGAAUGCAUUUGUUUAUAUGGCGUCAAAUCCCUUAUUCCGUAAAAUUGCUCGAGAAGAGUGUAUACACUUUCGUGAUCGUUUUUGUUGUUUCAAAAAGACGAAACCACCUCUUUUGAAUAAAAAUAGUCGUCUUUUAGAAAACGAAUCGAUCACAGCAGCAACAAACUUCUGAACUUCUGAUGCAUUAUGUUUACAUAAAUAAAAUUAUUUAGCGUUGUACAAAUCCUUUUGUUGUAUAGUUGUAUAGUUCUUUUCAGUCUUCUUGUUUGUCUUCUAAAAAUAAUAUUUAAAAAAGUUAUAUAAUAUGGGUGUAUUUAUCAUACAGUUGUAAAUGAGUUUGGAUAGCUUCUGACUACGGGCAUGCACUGCAUACCAGUGAAAUAUGAAAAAUCCUGAUUAUACACCUUUUUAAUAUAUAUUUAUUAACCCAGUCUCUAAAACAAUUAAAAUCAAUCUGUUGAACUUAAAACAUAUAUAAAUCUGCUGUAAACUCUGAGACUAGAAGUCCCAAUGCCAAUGAACUCUCUAUUUGACACUGUAGAGAGUUAGAUUAUCAUUUCACAGAGUCCCAUAAACAAAUUUAAACAAUUAGACAGAGGAGAAAAAUUUUGUGAAUAAAGAUUCUUUUCUGUUGUCUUUUGUGAACAGAAUUUUUUCAAAUGUCAAUCGUUUAUGUCUUAAACUAUGUCCCUCAAGAGUGAAAAACUUUUAAAUCUUUGUAUUUUACAACAUUAUUAAUAAACUUUGCAUAAUGUAUACUACUUCGUUUUAGAUCAUUGUACUAAACAUUUUGAAAUGAUAAUUAUGGGUUUCAUAAACAUACCUUAAGAUUUAUUGUUUUAUAAUAACUUCGAAGUUAUUGUAACUAAUGCCGGUUUUUAGACGCUUCUAUGAUUGUCAAUGCUUGAAGAAUAAGUUUUCUUAUGUUGUCAUUAAUGAUCACUUAAUUCCAAGAAAGCAGGAUAAUCGACAUAUUUACCAAUAUAUGUGAAGAGAUUCACCACCAC